CUCUCUUCUUCGGACGCAACAACAACAAUGGUUCAAACCAAGCCUGAGGCGCCUGGCGCUGUUACCCCCAAGAGAAACAUUGAGCUGUUCUCUGGUACUUACUUUGCUGCUUGUACAUUGGGCGGUAUCAUUGCAGUGACACCCCUCGAUCUCGUCAAGUGCCGUCGCCAAGUAGACAGCAAGCUCUACUCAUCCAACCUGCAAGCCUGGGGCACCAUUUUCCGCAAAGAAGGUCUGCGUGGAGUCUUCUUUGGCUGGUCUCCCACUUUCAUCGGAUACUCCUUCCAAGGCGCUGGAAAGUACGGAGCCUAUGAGUUCUUCAAGUACACCUAUGGCGAAAAACUCUUCCCCAACACCAACAAGACUAUUGUCUACUUGGGAGCCUCUGCCACUGCUGAGGCCAUUGCCGAUUUGUUCUUGUGUCCGUUUGAGGCACUCAAGGUGCGCAUGCAGACUACCCUGCCUCCUUUCGCCCACAACCUGCGCGAGGGAUGGGGUAAGGUUGUUGCUCAGGAAGGCUAUGCCGGUCUCUACAAAGGUCUUUACCCUCUCUGGGCCCGCCAAAUCCCCUACACCAUGGUGAAAUUCGCAACCUUUGAGUCUGCAGUCGCUCAAAUCUACAAACAACUCGGCAAACCCAAGGAAACCUAUGGCACCUUGGCACAAACCGGCGUUUCGUUCUUGGGUGGUUACAUUGCUGGUAUUGGGUGUGCUGUGGUGUCUCACCCUGCAGACGUCAUGGUUUCCAAACUCAACAGUGACAGAAAGGCUGGUGAGGGUGCUGGCCAAGCUGUCAGUAGAAUCUAUGGCCAGAUUGGCUUUAGAGGCUUGUGGUCGGGUGUGGGUUUGAGAAUUGUCAUGAUCGGUACGUUGACCGCUUUCCAGUGGUUGAUCUACGACUCUUUCAAGGUUUCUAUUGGUCUGCCUACUACUGGUGGUCACUAG